AUGACUGACUUUGAAGAAACAGGCAAGAGGUCGGGCGAUGAUAUUGGUGGACGCAACAAAAGACGGCGACUUGAGCCGCCUCAAAGCCACACUAACAUGCGAACCCUUCUGCGAGCCGCGGGACUUGGCGGUGAGACUCCAAUAUCAAACAGCACCGAGCAGCAAGAACUCGGUCAUGCCAAUCGCACCAAACCGCCACCGGCGGUAUCUGACCCGGUUGCCCUCUACCGACGAGGUCGAUACAUACCCACAGGCGCCGGCAAUCACCAAAUUCGGGUCCCAGCAUUCCUCCGCGUAGUGUCGCCGGACGGAGAAGCUCCCCACACGCAGGAAGCUGAGGCCCCCAAAAGCCCGAGGUUGUCUCCAUCGCGUGAAGCUCCUACUUCCCGGCCCCCAAGCUCCGUUCCUCUCGACCGCCGGCCCGCGGCCAACCCACAGAGUAACGUGAAAGCGGUCAGAGUUUGUCCGCAAUGCAGGGACGUUCCAUUGGGCCCCGGUCCCAUCGUGAACGGCGAGCCCACCUAUCCCGUCUGCGAGAGCUGCCGCCAGGCCAAUAUCAGACGGCAGGUCCUCCGGGGCAUAGCUGCGCAAGCGCUCGUAGAACUAAGCCAGCGCGUCACUUCUCGCGCGCCAGAGCAGAACGACCAAGUGCAGGAUGUGAGAGGUCAGUUUCUCAACGGACUCGGCCGCUUGCCCAAGCGUCCUCAAGAAUUUACGUGUCUACGGUGCAAGAGGCCGCAUAUGCCCCUGGCGCCAGGUCGGAGACGCUGUGUAGAGUGUAUCUGCAUCCUCAUCGCUUUUGGCCCCGACGGAGGCGAAGAGCAGGCCGCUGCCGAUGCCAGUCAGAGGCCAGAGGGAAAACGGGGGAAACGGCCGGCGGAACUGGAGCAGCAGCCUCAAGACGAGCAUUGGCACAUGUGCGACGGCUGCUUCAAGAAGCCGGUUCCCCCUGGCGAGAGGAAAUGCCCGCGUUGUGUGGUCCGGUUCGCCCUGAUGCACCGUAUGCAGAAUAUAUGGGCUUUGCCGGGGCUGCCGUGCGUCUCGUGCGUCCACGAGCGCGGCCGUAAGCAGAGGGAGCCGAAGAUUGUAUGA